AUGUCCGACUGCUGCUUGCGAGGCUUUCAAUGGAAUGCUAAGCCUAAGGGGCGAGAGGCGACUCUUGCGGGUCUAGACUGUUAUAUGACGGGUUCAAGCCCUGAAGUAGCAAUCUUACUGUUGCACGAUCUUUAUGGUUGGACUUUCACCAACACUCGGCUUCUGGCAGAUCAUUACGCUGAGGAGGUUGGGGCUACAGUUUACAUACCUGAUCUAUUUGGUGGCGAGAUUCACCCACUGGAUAUCCUGCAAGAUCAGACUCAGUGGGAUAAACUUGAUCUCCCGGCUUUCCUGGAGCGAAACGCCAAACACAUCCGAGAGCCCCAGGUUAUCGAAUGCGCAAAGAUACUCCGCUCUCAGCACAGACGGAUAGGAGCAAUUGGGUUUUGCUAUGGAGGGUGGGCUGCAUUUCGUUUGGGAGGAAACAGUGGCCUUGUCGACUGCAUCUCCACUGCUCAUCCUUCUCUCCUGGAGAAAUGCGAAAUCAAAGCAGUUACGGUGCCAGUGCAAAUUCUGGCCCCCGAGAUUGACCCGAUGUUUACAGAUGAGCUGAAGGCAUUCAGCAAUCAAACGAUUCCGAAGCAAGGGGUAGCAUAUGACUAUCAGUACUUCCCAGGUCUCGAACAUGCUUUUGCAUCUCGUGGGGAUCCUAAUAAUCCGGCGGAAAGAAAGGGGAUGGAAAGGGCAAAAAACUCAGCCGUCUUUUGGUUUCGACAAUGGUUGCUUGACGUGUGA